AUGAUUAUUGUCCGUUGCUGGUUAGAACACUUAUUUAAUUGUGCUUUUGAAUGUGCUUAUUUUGAUAAAGGAGUAUUUAAUCCAGAAAUGAUUAAUAUUUUAUUUGAAAACAACAAAACAAUUCCCCUCAAAUUUAACAUUGAAGAAGCUUGUUUUUGGGCUAACGACGACACUUUUCAUUUGGAAUUUUAUUUUGAGCAUUUAUCAAUUUCCAAAUCUUUUAGCAUCAAUUUAGAUAGUGUUGAUAUUACAGAAGAAGAUUUGGAGAUUUUAUUUUUUAUGUCAGUGAAUGAAGGGGAUAAAUUCCCCCAAAUUUAUUUUUGUAAUUCAAAGUUAAUUACGGUUUAUGAUUUUAUACUUGAUGUAAGUUAA